GGUGCGUCCACGUCCAGUUCCUGUCAGUGAUUUACCCCCGUUCCCUCUUCCAGGUCCGGAUGGUGGCUGACUGUGCAGGAUAGCGGCGGCCAUGUGGAGGUGACAGUCAGCUUGCGGACUAAGAAGAGAGCGCAAAGGAGCUUGGACCAGGUGGACGUCGUUGGCUGGCAGCGCGGCCUUGGUGCUGGCGAUGGAAGCGGAAGGCUUGGGUUGGCUUCUGGUCCCGCUGCACCAGCUGGUUUCUUGGGUGGCCGCAGGGGCCAUGGUCUUCGGAGGGGUGGUACCUUACAUCCCUCAGUACAGGGACAUCCGGAGGACUCAGAAUGCCGAUGGUUUCUCCACCCACGUUUGCCUGGUGCUACUGGUGGCCAAUAUUUUACGGAUACUCUUUUGGUUUGGAAGGCACUUUGAGUCCCCGCUCCUGUGGCAGAGCAUCGUCAUGAUCCUGACCAUGCUGCUGAUGCUGAAGGUCUGCACUGAGGUCCGUGUGGCCAAUGAGCUCAACAUUAAACGCCGCUCCUUCACAGCCACAGACAGUAAGGACGAAGAACUCAAAGUCCCCCCCAGGCGGCCCUACCUGGACUUCGAUCCUCACCAUUUCUGGCACUGGAGCAGCUUUGCAGACUAUGUGCAGUGUGUCCUGGCCUUCACAGGUGUGGCAGGCUAUGUCACCUACCUGUCCAUCGACUCAGCUCUGUUUGUGGAGACACUGGGCUUCCUGGCCGUGCUGACCGAGGCCAUGCUGGGUGUGCCACAGCUGUAUCGCAACUACCGCCACCGCUCCACGGAGGGCAUGAGCCUCAAGAUGGUGCUCAUGUGGACGAGUGGUGACACCUUCAAGACAGCCUACUUCCUGCUUAACGGUGCCCCUCUGCAGUUCUCAGUCUGUGGUCUGUUGCAGGUCAUGGUGGACCUGGCCAUCCUGGGGCAGGCCUAUGCCUUUGCUCACCACCCCCAGAAGCCAGCACCCCAUGCAGUGCACCCUGCCAGUGCCAAGGCUCUCUGAGGCUUCUUGGAAGGACAAGGACAUGUGACUAACCAAUCGUGGGUGCUGAGUCCCAACCUGUGCUUCUGCACUAGGAAGGCUGGCCCUGCGCACUCCACAGAUGAGCCGGCCGGGUGCGAGC